AUGGAUUUUACUGAAGUUAUCGAUAACGCUAAACGAUUUGCUGGAGGAAAAAAGGAUGAAAACCAUUACGAUGAUUUACCUGUUGAUAGACUUCACAAUCGAUAUACAGUUGCUAUUUUAGUAUGCUUUUGUAUUGCUAUUUCAACAUAUCAAUAUGCUGGUGAUCCAUUAGAAUGUUGGGUUCCUGCUCAAUUUACUUCAGCAUAUGAAACUUUUACCAAUCGUUUAUGUUAUAUACAAAAUACAUAUCAUGUACCAAAACAUCAAUCAAUUCCACAAGAUUAUAAUUUACGACGUGAACGAACACUUAAAUAUUAUCAAUGGAUUAAUUUUGUUCUUUUAUUGCAAGCUCUUUUUUUUAGUUUACCACGUAUUAUAUGGCAAUCAUUUAAUGAUAAAAUUGGUUUAUCACUUGAAAAUUUAGUUGAUGCAGCAAAUAAAUAUGAAUCAUUUGAUCAUGAUGACGAUCGUAGCUCAGUUGUGCAAUAUAUUUCUGACUGUCUACAACGAUAUGAUGAGUAUGUCAAUCCUCCAAAACGUGAUAAAUCAUCUGCUGUUCAACGUAUGAAUCAUCAAUGUCGUUUAUUUUGUCAAGCUCGUACAGGCGCAUCACUUGUUUGCUUUUACUUUUUUAUUAAAUUUCUUUAUAUAAUCAAUUUAAUAUUACAAAUAUUUUUUCUACAAUAUUUUCUUAGUUAUCAUGAUGUAAAUUAUUUACAAUAUGGUCUUAAUGCAUUAGGAGCAUUAUUUUCUGGUUUUUCAUUACCAGAAAGUAAAUUGUUUCCACGUAUAACAUUAUGUGAUUUUCAUAUACGUGAAUUAGGUGAACGUCAUUAUUAUACAGUUGAAUGUAUACUUGUUAUAAAUAUAUUUAUUGAAAAAAUGUAUUUUAUUCUUUGGUUAUGGUUUUGGUUAUUAUUAAUAAUAACAAUAAUUGAUAGCUUACGUUUAAUUUAUCGAUUGUUUGUGCGUCAUUCACGUAAUGUUUUUAUUGUUCAACAUUUAGAUUUAAUUGUUAAAAGUCGUGUAUCAAAUGAAGGACAAUUUCGACAUUUUCUUCGAUAUUUUCCUAUGGAUAAUAUAUUUGCUUUAUGGAUUAUAGAAGCUAAUGCAAAUACACUUAUUGUUGCUGAAAUACUUGAUGAAUUAUUGUAUCGCAAAAUUCAUGAUGGUUCUGAUGUAUAA